ACAUUUGGCUAACUAUAAGCGUUAAACGAGCAUCAACUCACUCAGUUCAUUUAGGUUAAAUUCGGUUUAGUUUACACAGUCUUACAAAAAUGGUAGACUCUAAAGGCAACUCAGAAACUUUUAUGCAAAGGGUUCUGGGCAUUCUCUCCGAAAAUACAAGCUCCAAGGGCGAGAUGCCUAUGGUCAGCAGAUAUUUCUGCCCGGUUCUUCUGCUCGUCAUUUGGAUGGUCUCCUUAAUCCCAGCCAUUUUAGUUUGUGUUUGCUUAUGCUGCAAGUUUGUGAAGUCGGAAAGUAUCACAAGCUACGACUCAAACAGCUUUGAGGUGCAGGAGGUUCGUGUCCUGGAGCCCACCUUCAAACAUGUCAAGGGAUGUGCAUGUUUGGAGUGUCUGCAUCGUCAACUGGCCCAGGAAUUGGACAGGAAAAGUGUAAAUUAAACUAGACACUUUGUUAUUUGCCGUACAAAGUCGUGUUUAUUGUGGUAAUAACAAAAAAUAUUUACGGAAUUUUUUAUUCCCUUUCCGUAAUUAAAGCUUUGGCACUUUAAUAAAAUAUACUUUUAAGAUCCUU